AUGAGCAGUGAUUUUCCUGAGCUGACAAAUGACCGUGUGUUGCGACUGUGCCGAGGAGAGGAAGUCGAUCGGACUCCGAUUUGGAUCAUGAGACAAGCAGGACGAUACCUGAGUGAGUUCAGGGAGUACAGAAAGAAACACGAGUUCUUCGAAAUUUGCCGAAAUCCGGAGCAUGCCUGUGAAGUUACCAUGCAGCCACUGAGAAGAUUUGAUCUUGAUGCGUCGAUCAUCUUCUCUGAUAUUAUGGUGAUUCCACAGGCAAUGGAAAUGGAAUGCGUUAUGGUUCCCGGAAAAGGGCCAACUUUUACUUCGCCGCUGGACGCGCCCGAAGAUUUAGACAAAAUUAACCUAUCACCUGACGUUAACAAAGUUCUUCAAUACGUUUACGAUGCAAUCACACUGACGCGCAAAACCAUUGGCGGUAAACAGCCACUGUUUGGCUUUGUCGGAGCCCCUUGGACGCUCAUGGCUUACAUGGUCGAAGGUGGCGGCUCCAAAACAUACUCAAAGGCGAAAAAGUGGCUGUAUCAAUUCCCAGAGGCCAGCGAAAAGCUGCUGGACGCACUGACGAAUGUCUGCAUCGACUUUCUCGUCGGACAAGCCCGCGCCGGAGCUCAAGUUCUGCAAGUUUUUGAAUCUCAUGCCGACGCCCUUUCUCCCGAAUUAUUCCACAAAUUUACACUCAAAUUGCUCAAAAAAAUUGCUACUCAAGUCAAAGCUAAAUUAGGAAAGGAUGCUCCACCUGUUUCUAUUUUCUGUAAAGGAGGUCAUUUCAUGAACAAAGAGUUUGUCGAUUCCGAGUAUGAUAUCAUUCAAGUCGACUGGACAAUUUCACGAGAGCAAAUUCUUGAGCUCAAGAGCAAAGUCGUCCAGGGCAAUCUUGACCCGUGCCAGUUGUAUGCGCCGAAGGAAGAGAUUCAGAAAGCAGCGAGGGAGAUGUUGAAGAAAUUCGAAGGAGUGAGACACAUUGCCAAUUUGGGACACGGGAUUUAUCCAGACACGGAUCCGGAGCAUUUGAGAACGUACAUAGACACAGUCCACGAAGAAACGCAAAAAACACAAGCAUGA